CGGCCGCCGCCUUUUCCCCGCCGCCGCCGCCUCCAUCCCGGCGCUGCCCUGCGGAGCUCGGCGCGGCGGAGCCCCGCCGCCGGCCAUGGCCGUGCCAGCCGCCCUGCUCAGCCCCCACCACCACCUCCUCUCCUUCUGCUUCCCCACCGGCGGCCUGCUGGGCUAUGCCGACCUGGAGAAGGGCUACGAGGGCGGCGGAGGAGGAGGUGGCGGCGGAGGCGAGGCGGGGGACUUUAAGGAAGCCACCAGGGACCUGCUGAGCUUCAUCGACUCGGCCUCCAGCAACAUCAAGCUGGCGCUGGACAAGCCGGUGAAGUCGAAGAGGAAGGUGAACCACAGGAAAUACCUGCAGAAGCAGAUCAAGCGUUGCACCGGCAUCAUCGCCGCCGCCGCCCCGCCGCCCUCCUCCUCCUCCCCGGCCGCCGCCGCCUGCCCGGCCAAGCAGCCCCCGCCACCUCGCCGGGAAGCCUCGACGACGACCAGCAGCCUGCAGAGCAAGAGCCUGGCGGCCCUUUUCGGCUCCCUGCAGCCGGGAAGGGGCUCGGUGAGCGGCUGCGGGGCGGCGGGAGGAGGAGGAGGAGGAGGAGGAAGCAGCGCAGGGUCAGCGGCUGCGGGUGGCCCUCGGAAGGUGCCUCUGCGGGCCCGCAACCUGCCGCCCUCCUUCUUCACCGAGCCGGCUCUGCCGCCCUGCGGGCCUCCGCCGGCCUCCAAGGAGACGGAGAAAGGCGGUGGGGCGGAGGCAGCCGAGUUUUUCGAGCUGCUGGGCCCCGACUACGGAGCGCUGCUGCCUGAGCAUGCCGCCUCCCAGGACGCCUACCCCGCCACCCGCCUGCCCGCCGAGCUGGGGCUGGAGCACGGCCUCUACGAGGCUCCGCUGCCCCCGCUGCCCGCCGCCCACCACCCGCUGUUGGGUGGGCUGCUGUACCCCGAGCCGUCCUGGAGCCCGGCCGGGCCCUGCAGCCCCCCCAAAAAAUCACCUCCCGAGGCGCUACGCCCGCUCUACUCUGGCGGAGCGGAGUCUGGCAGCCAGGCCUUCGGCUCCUUCUUCCCCGAGUGCCCCUUGGCCCCACCACAGAUGCCCUACGACUACAGCACUGGCUACCACCGGGCCACCUACUCCAGCCUGUAGGACAAGGCUGGCGGGCUCGGCCCCCUGGGCCUCGAACAUGGACCGUAACGCAGGGGGAAGGAGGGAGCGGGUGAGCCCACCUCCCGUGGGGUGGCCGAGUCCUGGAUGAGGGCUCAGGAUGUGACCCAGUGGAUGCUCACGGUGGUGAGGGAAGAGCUGGGUUCGGCCACCUUGGAGGGGCUGGUGGCUGCGCUCGCCCUGACAGCCCCCCGAAAGCUGGCCACAGCUCCCGUUAGAAGAACACUGGGAUCUGGGAUGUCUCAGUGCCCGGCAAGUCGCCUCCUCCUCCUGCGGCCUGGGAGAUGCUGUGGUGUGCCAAUAAAAACGUGAAAUACUUGAUUCCUUCAGGUGUUUUUAUAGUGCACAGUGACUACGGUGCAUUAGCGUUCAUUAGGGGUCAGGUUUUGUGUUACUGUAGGCAGACGCAACUUGAUUUACGUGUCCGGUAUGACAUUGCAACGGGGGCUGCUCUCCGUGAAGGCAGCUGUGACCACUUGUAAAUGAUUUCAGUUUGGAAGUAAAACUCAGUCAACUCUUGUGGUGUGUUUAACAUCUUUCACAGCUGUGCGUGCAUCCCAGGUGCUGGCGGAUUUUCAGCUGCGGACACAAAAGGCAAGUAAAAACAAUUCAGUGAAGCAAAAUUUGAAAACAAAUGCUGCUACCAAAUCUUAGGUGUCCUGAAAUUUAACAAGGUCUUGCAGGAUCUUGCAAACAGCAAUUUAAGUUAAUUGACAGCGGAAGUUCUGGACAAAAAUGUACUGUAGCUGCUCCAGCUAUGUGAUUCCUACAGACCGUUGGAUUUCUUUCAGGAAUGUGUCAAAGCUCGGAAAGCAAUGUGGCUUGGUCUCAUUGUGUACAGGAAAUUAUUUCAUAAUCGUUUAAGUUAUGUAAAAGAGUCUAUGAUAGGUCCUAUAAAAAUAAAGCUACGCAGUAGAUCUAAGACCUGUGGUUUUUACUGCUGUUGAAACGCAGUGUUCCAGUGUUUUUCACUGUGUCUCCAUCCUCUCUAAGUGUUUCUUGGCAGCAAUUAAGACAGGCAGUGGUUAUUGUCUUUCCUAAAUCUUUUGAAAUGCUGUAUGUUAUCCACAGCGACCCGUGCUUGUUUUACCUUCUUUUGUAGUGACUGUUUCUUUAAUUUACUAGAAAGAAGGGACUGAUAAUACCUUACUAAAGCCAGGGGAUGAAAACUGUUACAGUUAUAAAAACAGAUCAAAAUACUUGGAGGUUUCCUAUUGAGAUGCAAGUCUUAAAAGGCAAUCCUGCAGCUUGGCUCCCUGCCAGUCCCAAGCUGAGUGUUUGUUUUUGAAACAGGAUUCACAUACGGAUAAGCCUGAGUUUUACCCUUGGUGGUGAUAAAUCCAUGUGCCUUCUAUCUUUACAAGACGUGAAAGUUGCCCAAGAUCUGUACAAGCUUUAUGGAAAGGAACCAUGAUGGAUGAACAGCCACGAUACUCCAGCAUCCAUUAGCUGGACUGAGCCCAGCUGUGUGCUGUUAAGGAAACACUUUUCAAGUAUAAUUCUGCAGUAGUUUAUUUAACUAAGCUUCAUGAGUGCAUGUAUGAGGAACAAUGGGCAGCCAGUCCAGCCAAGGUAGCUACAAAUUAGGUUAAUCCUGCCCCGCUGCUGGUUUGGUUGACUGGACAAUGUCCUACCCCAUGGAUUCCAUCCCGCUGUCUUCCAUCCUUGGCAAAUCUCCCAGGGAAGAGAGUGCAAGUUUGCAUUUGUGAUCAUCAUGCUGCCAGGUCCAAACAUAGCUUAUAUAUAACUACAUCUUAGAUUGUCUAGAAAGACUUAUUGGGAGGGUAUUUUGGUAGGAGAAGAUUUUUUUUUUUUUUUUUCACUGCUGCUAGUGAGAAUUUGUAGCACGUAUUAGCAGCAGCUUUUGGGAAUAUUGUGGCUUGAUGGUGUUUGCUAACAGACCUUACUGCCCAGCUUUCUCACCUGAGCUGUGCACCUCAGAUCUGUGCUAGCAGCAGGCCAAGCAGAUGAAGGCGAAGUUUAUAAUGCAAUGUUCUGUCAAGGGAAAAAGAAUGCCUUUUUUCAUUUAGGGUUUCACCAAACAAUGUAUUCAUUUCACAAGCUCAGCGUGCGAAUAGGUAUCGAUCAGGGACCUAUUUCUGAAGACCUUACAGCCAUCCAAGUCUAUCAGCUGUUUCACAGACUUCAGUGGGACUUUGCUUGAAAAAAAGUCUCAAAUAGGUCUUCAGGAAUAGACUCAGGGAUGUGCUAUGUAGACACUGCAAACCUGAAUAGUGUGGUUCCCCACAAGUCCUACCCUUUUAUUUUAGGUAGCUGUAAAGUGCCACAAAUCUGACCUGCCAGUGUUUCUCACUUGUUGGGUGCUCUGCUCCCUUGUAGAUGGUGUCUGGGAUGCUCAGAAGCACAGCAUCAGUCUUCUUGGGUUCGAUUUUGUCUCAGACGAGAGGGAGAAGCAGCUCUGUGGGUGUCAGUGGAGCUGAGCUGGUGUAAAACCAGCGUGGCAGCCUGCUCCAUCCGCUGCCCAGAUCAGAGCAGUUGUUCUUGAUGGACUUGCCAGAAGUUGGGGCAGCUCCAGGAGCCAGCCUGAGCAGCAGCUGCAGAUAUUGCUUCAGCUUAGCCUGUAUCCUGUAAUAGUUCAUUAAACAGGGUUUUCAGUUUAUAGAUGCUUACACUGGAAAGAUAUAAAAUAAAUAAUAAAAAACCAGCAUUGGUAUAACUUGCAGUACUGCUGCAUUUCUGCUAGAGGAUAUAUUUGAGGAGUACCUGGCGUGGGAAGCUCUGGGAAGGAGCUCACAAUGGCUGGGUCGCUCCCACAGCUUUUCCCACAGCACAGGCCAAACAAAGGGCUUCUGUGCAACUCCUGAAAAGUGCUGGAGCUCCUCUUCGUGCUGCAGAGAAGGCGAGGGAACCCUUACCACACCCAGGGUUGCCAUCUAGUGGAACUGCAGCUUUUUGUGCAUGUGGGAGCUUUUUUUGUGUGUGUGUGUGUUUUUUCCCAGUUUGAGUAUUGCGGGCACAGAAAAUGUCACAUGGGAGUCUCACUUGUAAAUGCCCUUGGGAAAUAGCUUUCUGUCUCUUUUAAGCACCUGUAAGAAUAAAACCUUUUGUAAUUGAGCAGGAUAAUUUGGUUUAUCUGGUGCACUUUUCCAAGGAGUCUGUACCUAAGAACUAAAUCUUGGCAUAUUUAUUUAUUGUUGUCUUAAAAUAAGCGUGUUCUUUGAAUGGAAGUGGGUUCUGGUUUGUCAGAUCAAGUUCAGACUAUUAAAAUAUCUAAUUCUGCAAAGUUUUCACUGAGUUUCUCAGAUAUUCUAAAUACAAUUUUGUUGCCGGUGAAUUUUACACAUAUUACCUGCUAUUACUGGAUUUUUAUUUAUUUAUUUUUUAUUUUUUUAGAGGGAAAAUGUACACAUCUUAAUAACUUCCUAUGCAGUCAAGAUGAUAAAAGGAGAACAAAAAGAGUGCUUUGCUCUCUUUUAAAAUGAGGGAACCUCACCUUUCUUUAAUGGUGUUUUACUGACAAAUAGCAAGGGUUCACAAUGAAUAGCUAUUGCUGCAUCUCACUAUUUUGUGACUUAAACAGUUUGAACCCCUUCAAGAAAACUGAAAGAUUCUCUCAUUUUCUUUGAUGUACUUUUGUAACUGGCAAAGGACCUGAGCUUGGGAUUGCUCUAAUACAGUCUGACCCUGAUGAUAAGAAGUCAUCUUUGAUGAACUUAUGUAGUUGUUCAAACAAUGUUAGUAAAAAAGAUGCAGAAGUUUAUUGUAAAGUUUGUUUGCAUUAUGACUUUGUGAAUAAAUUGCUUUUGUCAACAGUGCAAAAAGUGAAGGUAAUUCUGCAGACAUGCAAGCAACAAAGACGGCAACAUGAGUUGUUCAAGACUACAACCUGACUACCGGAAACAGGAGUUUGGAAUGUCUUUAGGGUUACUCAAGAGACUGCAGCCUACCUUCUCUACAAAUAACUCGUCGCUAUUUUUUUAAAAAGAUUGGUAAACGCUUAUUUAAAAUUCAAUGUUAUUUGUAAUGCAUUUAUGUAAGAACAAAAAAAAAAAAAAAAAAAAAGACGUGUGUUAUAAGCAGUGAUCCCUUCCAAAAUCUGUGUGGGUAAACACUGGCAGAUGAUUACUAAAAGGUGAGGGGAGAACUUUUAUUUCCAAUUCUAUUAUGUUUUUUAAUACCUCACUGUAACUUUGAUUAUCCUUGGUGACUCCCCUCCCUCAUUGUCAGAGAAGUAUUCCACUAGAUGGUAGGCUUUUAGCCUUUUAUGCUUUUUAGAUCCCUCCAUAUAAAAGGAAAUGUAUUGUCAAAGCCUUAUCUUUCUUGGUUGUUUUGGCUGUAGCCCACAGACUCUUGGCUGUCUGUACAUCAUGGACUCAUCACUAAGAACAUUUUUAAUUGCUUUUU